GUCUUUUUUAUUGCAAAUGUGGGAACUUUUCCCAUGAAAAUUCCCAACUUUAGUUUUCUCAUUGACACAAGUUCAGCUUUAUAUUUUCUCACUAUGGAGGACCCUUUGGUGACCUUUGAGACUACAGAUGAUAUGCUGAGACUACAUUUUGUAGUUGAGGCUUUAUAAAAUGUCCGGCUGUGAGCAGAACACUACAGAUACCAAGAAAACUAACAUGAGAAAGAACAAGAACGGAUUCCUAAAAUUUAGUAUACCAGGUAUGGGAUUUCUAAGAAAAUUACAGCAAUACCGUCGUCUACCUAAGGAACCUGCUGCACACCACCUUGAAGAAGAACUUGAAAGAUUAACCUGUAAAAUUGACAAUCUUCUGAGUAGAAUAGAUAGCCAAGAUCUAGAGCUCCCUGCCACACAAGAAGAAGAGUGUGUGGUGUGCGGGACUAACAAAGCUACAAUGCAGACGCUUCCUUGUGCUCAUAAGGUUGUAUGUAGACAAUGUUUUGUCCGAACAAUACAAAUGGCUGUUGCAUUAAAACGUUUGCCCCUUCGAUGCAUUCUAUGCCGUGCAAAGGUGCUGAAAUUGCAUCAAGAUGGGAAGAGGGAGGAACAACUCCCUAAAUCAGUAUCGGGAUACAAUAUUGCAAAUAACAUAUCUUUUGGUUCUAACUACUCAUUUACUUCAGGUGUCUCGGCGGUAUCCUCGGAGAGUUCGUCUUCAAGAAAAUCUACCUUAGUAAGAGAUUUCUCGUUUUCCAGUUUAUCCAACUUUCAAAAUGUAAACCUGCUCAACAAAUCUCAAAUACCGAGAUCUAAGAGUGGAAGCUUUGCCAAUAGACAAGCUAGACAAUCAAGAUCUCCCUCUCCUGCUGGAAACACGCGCUCCCGAUCUGUAGAAGGUGGGACUCCGAGUAUUAAGAUUGAUCAGACACCCAGUGAUGAAAGUUUAUUCUCUGGGUCUCCAGUUUCACCAUCAUCCCCCGGUCCUUAUUUACCAAAACCCUCACCAUUCCUUCCAGGGUCACGCUCGCCUUGGUCUUCAACCCCACCAAUCUCUCCAAUAUAUCUUGGAGAUGGAGAAAGGGUUUUCUGUACCAGAGGAACAACUAGGCUUAGUACCCCUCUCUCUCCUAUCAAGGAAAGUCGUAAGGAAAUGGGAAGUUUGGGCGAGCUUCAAUGUUCUCCAUGUAAAGAAGUUCCAUUAAAACUGCAAGAUGCUCCAAGGAGACCAAGCAGUAGGAUAAGAUGCACAGAGAAGAUAAUAAGCCAACUAGAUACCGAUACUCUUUCUAGCAUUGGACAAUCACAGAGCGAGUUGGAUAAUCACUUUGGCUUGUUCGGAAAGUACUCUAAAAAAGGACUAAAAAAUCUGGAAUCCAAAGAUCCGGAAGUAUCAAACUCCAAGAUUAAAACCUUAAAAACAGUAUCAUUUAAAGAUUAAUAUUAUAUUAUUUUGUGUUUUAUUCUUAAAACAUUGCCAUCUUUUAUCUUACAGAUAUUGUCCCCCCCCCCACUCCACCACACCCCAAUUUAAAUCCUACUUCAUUAAAAAUUCAAAGUUAAUCCAUUGUAGAAUUUGACGAAGUUUUUAUGUUAUUAUGAAGUGAAGAAGACCAAUCUUUUGACUGAAAAGAAUUCUUUGAAUCUUUUUAUGAUUGCUGAAGUACAUCAUCAUAAUUUUUUUAAAAUUUCUUUUAAUAAUCUUAUCGUAUACAAGGUUUGGACAGACGAUUUAAUUUCUAUGUUGGGUAAUGGUUGUAAUCAUAAAUAUAGCAGAUAGUAUAUCUGUUCCAGAUCUAGAACUAUGAAACAAUUUACAAAGUGAUGACAUUUAUUCUAAGAAAAAAAUAAAUGAAUUGAAAUUUAAACCCCCAAAAUAUUCCGCAAUAAACCCAAGGGCAUUACAUUCUUUCUUUAACAACUGGUUUUUUGGUUUGAAGCAAUUUUUAUUGAACUCUUUUCUUUUAUUUGACUUUUUUAUCCCGCAUGGUUUUUAAUAGUUAUACAACUCUUUUAACAAUAAAAGUUAGUCCGAAUUUAGAACAUUUUAUUUUUGCCUCCCAGAGAAUACUUAAAUGUUUUUUUUUUGUAAGUUUCUAUUUUUAUUUUUUUUAUUUGUUUUAAAUUAUACACAUUUCACAUUUCACUUUAUACACUGUUUCAGAACUUAAACGUAAAUAUAAGAUUUAAAGAUUAAUUAAAGAAGAAUUGAAAUCUGUCGAUUCCAAAUGUCCAAAUUUUGAAAUAUAAAAGAUACGUGUACUCAAUCAAUAUAAAAGGUACGUGUACUCAAUCAAUAUAAAAGGCACGUGUACUUAAUCAGUUUGAUGAGGAAAAAAAUUAAGAUGAGUAAUCAGAUACUGAAAAUCUUCUCUGUUUUAAAUGAUUCAGGCUUUUAAUUGAUUCCUCACCAGCUUUUAUAAGGAAUAUAUAUAUGUUUGAGGUCGGCAUGGUUUAACAUUGUAUAAUUUAAGAGCCUAUAAUAAUUGUGAUUGCUCGGUGAAACCCUUUAAAAGUUGAUCCAGGCUCGUAGAUAUUUCCCAUGGAUCAAGAAUGUAAGGCAAGGAAAGGUUAUUGCGGUCGUGUAUACUCUGCGUACAUAUUGAAACCAGUUCUCUUUGGGCG